CAACCUUUUGGCCAAGACACAGGCAACAUGAGGAGAAAUGAAGCAACGUCAGAUUCAGGCUUUAUAGCCGCUAGUUCUUUGAUGUCUGCUCGGUGUGUCAGCACUAUAAACUGUUUCUGCUUGAUGUUACUGUUCACCUUUUGCUUAUUUACUUUGCUCCCUGUAUAGGGGAGCAAAGUACACAACUAGAAGGGGCAGGGCUAAGAUGAGCUACACUUUGAAAGCAAGUCAAUUAGCUUGCCUCUUCAGUUCAGUCCAGUCCAUCAACAUGUUUGCCUCAAUCUUCUUGAUAUGGCUCUGCAUUGUAUUCUUCAUCUUUCUACUCAAAUCCCAGAGGCCCAAGAACUUUCCCCCAGGACCCACUAUCCUGCCGAUACUAGGGAACAUUUUGCACAUGAGCCUAGAGAACCCCCUGAAGGACUUUGAGAGGCUCAGGAAUACUUAUGGGAAUGUCUACAGUCUGUUCCUUGGUACCAGACCAGCUGUUAUCAUCAAUGGGAUGAAGGCCAUGAAGGAGGCUAUGGUGACCAAGGGCACUGAUUUUGCUGGACGACCCCAAGACCUGUUUGUCAAUGACGCCACCCAAAGAAAAGGAUUGAUUUUGGCAGAUUAUGGCUCUAUUUGGAGGGACCAUCGUCGCUUUGCUCUGGCGACCUUGAGGAACUUUGGUCUCGGGAAACAUUCCAUGGAAGAGAGGAUUCGGACAGAGAUACAAUACACCAUUGAUACACUGGAAAAGAGUAUUGGUAAUACCUUGAAUCCUCAAGUUAUCUUUCAUAGAGUGGCCUCCAACAUCAUCUGUCAGGUUCUGUUUGGUACACGCUACGAGUAUGAUGAUGAGUUCAUCAAAGUGAUUGUUCAAUGCUUUACUGAAAAUACCAAGAUAACCAAUGGACCAUGGACUGUGCUGUAUGACUCUUUCCCCAUUAUUCAUGACCUGCCGCUGCCCUUCACUAAGGUCUUUAAGAAUGUUGAGACUUGUAGGAAUCUUGUGAUUGGUUUGAUGAAAGAGCACAAGAAGACCAGAGUCCAUGGAGAGCCGCAAGACUUUGUUGACUGCUAUCUGGAUGAACUGAAUAAGAGAGGCGAUGAUGGUUCUAACUUUUCAGAAGAGCAACUGAUUAUGUAUGCUCUAGAUCUUCACUUUGCUGGGACAGAUACUACCUCCAACACCCUGCUUACUGGUUUCCUCUACCUUAUGACCUACCCACACAUACAAGAGCGUUGUCAGCAGGAGAUCAACGAGGUGUUGGAAGGGAAGGAUCAGGCCAGUUUUGAUGACAGACACAACAUGCCUUACAUGCAGGCUGUGAUCCAUGAAGUGCAGAGGAUAGCCAACACUGUUCCACUCAGUGUCCCUCACUGUACAACUAAAGACACAGAGCUCAUGGGAUAUUCCAUUCCCAGGGGCACACUGAUCAUCCCUAACCUGACCUCAGUGCUGAAUGAGGAGGGACAAUGGAAAUUCCCCAAUGAAUUCAAUCCUGAAAACUUCCUCAAUGACCAGGGAGAGUUUGUUAAACCAGAGGCCUUCAUGCCUUUCUCUGCAGGUCCUCGUAUGUGUCUCGGAGAGGGUCUGGCUCGUAUGGAGCUCUUCCUCAUCAUGGUGACCCUACUGAGGAAGUUUAAGUUCAUCUGGCCUGAGGAUGCAGGAGAGCCAGACUACAUUCCAGUCUAUGGGGUCACGCUGAAUCCCAAACCUUAUCGCAUGAAGAUCCAACUCAGGGCAACACAGUGAGGCUGUCUGCAGACACACAGACUGGCAUUUGCUCUUUCCUUAGUUGUCGGCUGCCCUAUUCACAGCAGUCACUAUCUAAAUGCUAGCUAUGACAGCUAAAAACACACAUGGUGAAUUAUGCCAGACGUCAUGUCUACAUCAUAUCUGUUUAGGUUACAGGUUACAAUGUGCUUUUAAUGUACUGUGUGUUCCAUUAAGUAGACAUAGACUUACUAGAUACUUUUGAAUUGAGACUGUCCUCCCAGGAAGAAUGACAGCAUCAGUCUUUUGAUAUGUAAUUGAUUCAUAUGGGAUUGAUAUGAUGUAGGCCAUUCUGGCCAAUCUAUCUUUUUAGUCUGGAGUGGAACAUUUAUUGCAAUAGCAUUUUAAUGAUAUGCAUUUAUGAGUUAAAAAAUAAAUGGCAAUAUUAACCAAAUGUUAUCAUUCUCUGAAGAAAUAAAUUACAGUUAACAUGCUAAUGUGCCUAAAUACCAAAAUGACAUUACUUAGAGAUUACAUGUUUAUAGCAACUGUGGAAUAAAUAUAGAAGUGCAAUGGU